UAAAGGGUAUGCGUGUGUCCCGUUAGCGCAUGAAACUUUUAUUAACGACGAAAAGUUAAACUUACGAAUAUUUUUUUCUUUUCACUUCCAUAACUGAAACAGUUUAUUAAUUGUGUUAAAUAUUUAUUACAUACAUAUUAAUUUUGUGUGUGUGAAAACGGGAUGAGCAGAAGAAAGUUUUACUUUAUAUUUCGUGUCUAAAUGGAUAAAAAUGCGUGCUUCACACGAGAGUUUCUUGUUGCUGUUGAGCGUAUUGUUUUACGUCAGUGCAAAUGAGAAUAGUUUUGGUGGUGAACAUUCAUUAGAAUUGACUCAAUCCUUGAACUUGGCGCGUCAGGAACAUAUUCAAGAGACAUGUGCCCGUUUACCAGUGAAUUGGACUGUAGACGAUUUACCACCAAAUCAGUUAGAACAUAUUUUGAUUGAUGAUAAACACAAGCUCCUCUAUUGCUAUGUGCCUAAGGUGGCUUGUACAAAUUGGAAGAGGACACUCAUGAUACUAACUGGAAAAUGGAAUAAUAAUACAGAUGUUUUGUCCAUUCCAGCGGGAUUGGCUCAUUCCCCUGGAAUGUUCCGGAAUCUCAGUUCCGUUUCCAAAGAGGAGCGGGACAUUAUGCUGGAGAACUAUCACAAGAUGAUAAUAGUAAGGAAUCCUUUUGAAAGACUCCUGUCAGCUUAUAGAAAUAAGUUGGCCGGUAAUUAUUCAAGUGCGAAAUAUUUUCAGAAACGGGUUGGAAAACGGAUAAUAAAGGCUUUUAGAGAGAAUCCUUCAAAUGAGUCCCUUGAAUAUGGAAAUGAUGUGACAUUCAGAGAAUUUGCCCUGUUCCUCACUAAUAGAUCUGAAGAGUUGGUUGACAUUGUGAACAAUGAACAUUGGCAGCCAAUCACAAAUCUGUGCCAUCCUUGCCUUAUUAAGUACACAUUAGUUGGUCAAUACGAGACGCUGUUAGACGACGCUCUACUAGCGCUGCACACCAUCAGUGCCUCGCACAUACACUUUCCUCGUCUCGCACACACGUCAGGCACUGCGGAGAAACUGCGUAACUACUUCGCCCAACUCGAGCUGCCUCUCAUACGGCGACUCUACAAACUCUACAAGUACGACUAUAAGCUGUUUAGUUACGACCUAGACAACAUCGUCGGAUUCGAUCUGGGCUGAGAUUUUUCUCGCAAAACCAGUUCUUAUUGUAAUAGAGAUAAAUUCUAGUUUACUUAUACAAAUGUGUACGCUUUUCUAAUUUCACAUAAGCGAAGACUAUCCAAGUGAUCCGCCCAACUCUUGAGUUGUGCGUUUGCGUACAGCUAUAAGCUGUUCAUUUUCGAUUUGGCCUGAGAUUUGUCUUGCUAAACCAGUUCUUAUUGUAUAAGAGAUAAAUUCCAGUUUACUUAUACAAAUGUGUACGCUUUCCUAAUCUUACAUACGCGGAGACUAUCCAAGUGAUCCGCCCAACUCUUUUGAGUUGAAAUGGAGUUGUGCGUUUGCGUACAACUAUAAGCUGUUAAUUUUCGAUCUGGGCUGAGAUUUAUCUUGCUAAAUCAGCUCUUAUUGUAUUAAAGAUUGACUUAUACAAAUGUAUACACUUUCCUUAUAUCAAAUACGCGGUGAAACUGCCCACUUGAGCCCCCCAACUCUUUUGAGUUGGACUGGAGUUAUAAUAUAAGCUGUUCAGUUACGGUCUAGACAACAUACUGGGGUUCGAUCUGGGCUGAGAUUUAUCUUAUACAAAUUAAAUUUAUAACCAAAAUUCUCUCGGAUUCCGUCCGAGAGCUCUUACCAACUGAGGCCACCGUUCGAGUGACGCAUGGUUCGUAAAUCUUAGUAUGUUUUGUUCAACUCUCAGGAGGUCUACUCGCAAAAUCGACAACGAUACAUUCAGAACGAUACGAUAAUACUCCGAAUAUGUCGCAACUAACAAACUCUAACAAAUGUUCGAAUUCCUUAUCGUUUAUCGUUACCAUAGACUAAUAUUUUGACUUUUUUACGAUGUUAGUGUGAAUGUAAUAUGUUCAAACCUAACCAUUAUCUGUGCUUUGUCGCUGUGAAGUGUCAAAAGUCAAAACAUAGUUUAGGCGCUAAGGACCAUGCCAGACUCUGCACCACCAAUUUGGUAUCAUUUACACAUAAUGUAAAUGUUAAAAAAAUAUGUAAUGAAUAUAAUAUGACAAUUUAAAAUUUAAUAAAUAAUACAAAACUCGCGGAUAAUAAAAUGUAAAAAAAGUAACUCGCCCUUCUCGCCGACUUCCUAUUUCUCAGGCGGCCAUUUGCAUUAUUUCUACGCAUAAACGAUCAACAAAAUGACUUAAAUAACUUAGUAGUAAAAAAACCCUCUUGAAUAGUAAAUCACAUAUAAUUAUUUUAAUAAUAUUUAUUAACUAUGUAUAUUGUAUGGCAAAUAUCUAUACAACUUGAAACGAUAAUAACAACGACAGCCUAGAUGGUGUCGUUGAGAUUAUCGUAAAAGUGACGUUUGAUUAUUUGUGAAAUUCGAAUUCUUCUCUGACAUUUUCAACUAAGAGUAGGGUUAGGACCGAUAAUAUUGAAUAAUGUUUCGUUGGUUCAAUCAUCGUUUCGACAUUGAAUACGACGUAACUAAGAGUAGGAUUCGACACGACUAAUGCCACGAUUUAUCGAAUAUCGAUUUUAGGAGUAGGCCCCCAGGUUGUGGCCCGAGAGGUCGCGGGUUCGAGUCCCACAUCGUUUAUACAUUUUGGUUAUAAAAUUGAUUUGUAUAAUUAAUCUCAGAAGUGAGGGAAAUCACUUUAAAAAUAACAAAUUCUUGAGAUUUAUGGUGUUAAAUCAGAUAUUAUUGUUAUUGUGGUAAAGAUGAGUUUACUUAUUUAGCACUUAUCUCAUUAUAGAGGUCCGGUUUCCUAAUAUAAAUGUAUACACUUAUUUCGUUAUAGCGUUAGAGUCGAGAUUACUUAUCUAAAUGUAUACACUAAUUUCGUUAUAGCGGUAAAGUCGAGUUUACUUAUAUAAAUGUAUACACUUAUCUCGUCUCACAAACCACACUGUGUAACUACUUCGCUCAACUGGAGCUGUCAAAUCUGUGCAUACAUUUCUUGAUUCUGUAAUAAGCACGGUUAAGUGUCUUUUCUUGAUUAUAUAGAGAAUCGGUCAUUGUUCAGACUUUUCAGCCAGCUCCCAUUCCCUUUUACAUUUUUUGCCACAGUCGAGACAUACAUUACUGGCGUUUUUCUUGAUUACGGUGAUAUUACCUGGUGUAUGAUGGUGUUAUUACCUGGCACUCAAGCAUAACAUUAAAGUAAAAAUCAGUUGUCAAUUUGAAAAGUACUGUGUACUGCGUAGUAUAUUAUUAUAUAUAUAGUUAUAGUACGCUGCGUAUUUUCUUCUAAUUUUUACUUUUUUUAAGUAAAUAUAUCUGUGAGAAAAUCGAGCUUAAGAAUAUAUUAUUAUUAUGUUUUCAGUUUUUACUGCAGAAAUUGUAUCCAAGAUAGCUUUUCUUUUUAAUAAUUAUUCAAACAAUAAAUCGUGGUAUUCAAACUCAGGUAGUUAUAACUAUUAUCUUUUUAUGAUCCAUAAAAUGAAUCUUGAUUCAUAAACAAAAAAUCGUACGAUAGUGGCGUGAUAUAAGACUGCUUCUAAAGCACAUAAGCGAUAGCGGUUGCGAGAGCGAUUUUAUAAUACGUUACAUAAUAACAUGACAUUGGUAGCCAUACAUUGGAAACUGUCUGUUAUUUGAUUUUGAUAUUCAUUUACAUAAAAUAAAUAUGGUAUUAUCUAAAUACUGAGGCUUUAUAAGGUUGCUUCAAAGGUUCAAGGUUUUGUUCAAAGUCAUGAUUGUCGACGAAUAUAGUAAUUAAAUAAUGUUUAACAUAUCGUCAAUGAUUUUAUUUCUUAUAUGAAUUAUAAAUUUUCUUUAUGUGUAUAUUUAACUAACUAUUAACGAUUUUAUCACCAUAGUGUUAUUGAUUUUAUUUUAUGUAUCUAAAUAUCAUUGAUCUGUUUUGUCACAUAUUAAUUCUUGUAUUAAUAAAGCUAUCAUCCAUAAUUCAUUCGCGGGACCAAUGUUAAAUAAUUAGUUUUGAAUUUAGUAAAUUUUCCAAAUAGUUCGGUUUUAUUGGCAACUCUAAAAAAUACCACUGUUUAGAAAGUAACAGAGCUAAUCGGCUAUUGCUUGUUUCAUAUUAGUAAGUCUGUAGCACACUUUAACUAUUCAAAACAAAUGAUAGUUUAAUGAAAAUCUAACAGAAUGGAGAUUUUUCAAUUCGCAUAUUUUUUUGUGUUCAGCCGAUACCACCGUCAAGUUUGGAUCGAUUUUUGUGAUUAUUCCAAGAGUAAGCCCUGUCUCAAGGCGAGUGUCAAUGCAAUGCAUGAAUGCUAUGCCUAACGGAUAUAUUUCACCGGGACACCACGGUGGCGCAACCAGUCGCGUCACCGUGAUGUCCGUAAGCUACCAAACUAAACACCAGAGUCAUGACGCGUUUGAGAUUCGCGCCACCAAAUUGGUUGAGCAACCAAACGGAUACCAGGUAAGUAACUAUAGAGCUGUAUACAUUUUGUUGGUAGCGGCGACUGGUUGCGCCACCAUGGUGUCCCGGUGUAAUAUAGCCUUAAACGUGGAGAUACUAAAUCACGAUAUUUGAAAGGGGUUUUUAAUAAGUACAAUUGAUUUAAGUUGUAAUAAGUUAUAGAGUCUAUUAACGUAUAACUGGACAGAGAAUGCUUAGUCGAAUCUAUGUUAAUCUUAAUUUUCAAUAAUUAAUAAAUAACUUGUUCUGAUUUUCUUAUAAUAUCUCUUAUGGGUAUGUGUAUAGCUGUUGUAAUUUCUAUGUAUCUAUACGCUGAAGGAUUUUGUUCAAAGCAAUAUUUAAUAUUUUUGAAACUGGGUUGAUAGUUUCUCUUUGAACUGAGUGCUAUUUUAAAAAAAAAAAUACAAUAUUUUCAGCCAAAAUUUAGUUUUAACUUGUUCACUUAUUACAUGGCCAUUAAGCUUUUUUGGUUUCUACAUGGAACCACAUUAUAAACCAGUUUAAGUCUCAUGAUCGAUAAUAUAGCCCUAUAUUUACAUAAUAUGUGAUGCCAAUACAUAAAUAUAAAACAUGGUGCUACAUAGGUUUAUUUCAUAAGUCCUUCUUAUGGUAGAAAGGCUUUCGUUAGUACAUUUAUUAAGAAAAUAAUAAUAGGUGUUGUGAUAUAUAACAAGAAAUACCUCUUUAUGUGUUAGUUUUAAGCUGUAGUAAAAAGUUGUUUCAUCUAAUGAUGCUAGGUAACUGGUUGCGUUCUUGGGUAAGAUUCUUUUGUAUACUAAUUUGUAUCAAAACGUAUAGACGAUGCGGGAUUCGGAUCCGCGUCUCUCGAGUUACGUCUAGCGCUCUUAAAAAACUAAGCCAACCGUCCGCGUGACGCAUAAUCCGUAAAUCUUGGUAUGUUUGUUCUACUCUGGGAUCAACUCUUUCGCCAGUGGGAGGCUCCUUUGCACAGGGUGCCGGUUAGAUUAUGGGUACCACAACGGCGGCUCUAUCUGUCGUGGAGCAGUAAUGUGUAAACAUUAUUGUUUUUCGGUCUGAAGGGCGCCGUAGCUAGUGAAAUUACUGGGCAAACGAGACUUAACAUUUUAUGUCUCAUAGAGACGAGCGCAAUUGUAGUGUCGCUCAGAAUUUUAGGUUUUUUCAAGAAUCCUGAGUAGACCUUCAUUGUCAUGAGCAGGUCGCAUCAAUUACCAUCAGCUGAACGUCCUGCUUGUCUUGUCCCUUAUUGUCAUAAAAACACUAUCAGGUUGUGGAUCCAUCUACAGGAUCUACUUUACAGUUGAUAAUCUGCUCAACCCCAAUAUUUAAAUAAUAGGAAAUUGAGAUGUCGCUCUUUUAAACAUGAACAGUUUGAACAACAAACCAAGAUUCACGGAUCAUGCAUCAUGCGGACGGUUGGACGAAUAGGUAGUUGGUAAGAGCGCUGGGACUUCAAUUGAGUCCAUAGAUUUUGGUACAAAUUGAAUUUGUAUACUUAAUCCUAGAAGUGAGGGAUUUCACUUAAAAAUAAAAAACUGUUACGAUAUUUAUUGAAUUAGUUUUUAAUACCAUUGUUAUCUUCUCAUAGUAAACAUUAUUAUAUUAAUUAAUAUGGAUUUUUAUGAAUACCUCGCCUUUGUAUCUGAGUUACAUACUUACUCAUAUUUAUUAUCCCAGUGAAAUGAAUUGUUAUUUUCCAUUUGAUAUUAUUAGAUGAUGUAAGUAGUAUGUAUUUCAAUUGAUGUCGUGUCGACAUAUUAUUUAUAAUGUGCUAUUUUGAAUAAAUAAAUAUUGCGAACAAAACGUUAAGCAUA